AUGGAUCGACUGCAAAGGGAAUAUGGAGAUUUUGUACGCACGGGCCCAAAUGAACUCACCAUAUUCAAACCCGAGGCGUACUCUGUCCUACAUGGUUCACAGUCUAGAUGCACAAAAGCUGCCUGGUAUGACGUCCUGAAACCAAACGACUCGAUGCAUUCGACACGGAUCAAAGCCGUUCACGGCGAGCGAAAGCGAGUGUGGGACCGCGCGUUCAGCACCAAAGCUGUUGCAGGCUAUGAACCACGCAUCUUGAAACAUCUGGACACAUUGGACCAGAGGCUGUCCUCGAUCGAAGGCCAUGUGGUUAAUGCGACAGAUCUGGUGUUCUUUUUCGUCGCUGAUGUUGUGGGGGACAUUGUCUCGGGCGUAGACUUCGCUAUGACCAGAACUGGGAAGAAGCAUUUCGCAGCGGAUCUGCUGAGUUCAGGCUUCAAGCCCGUAGGAUACUUGAACCCAAUACCAUGGCUGCUAGUCUUCUUGAUGGCGGUCCCUGGAUUCUUGGGCCCGUAUCAAAGAGUCGUGAAGUGGUCCAAGAAAGAAGUCGAAAGACGACUGCAGAUACUAGUCGUCUUGGUCACUGGUUGA